AUGAAAGUGUUAAGCAGCUGUAACACUUCAAAGACACUAAAUGCUGGGAACAUGGAGAGUCUGAUUGAGUGCCAGUUGGAGGCUGAUGCCAAGAAAUGCCCCCCGCUGGUCCCAGCAGAUACUGAAGACGGACUUUGCCACUCGACUGCAGAUGGGACAAAGAAAAGAAAGAAGGUGAUAUCACAGUCAUUUACUCUGAGACGUAGCUCUACCAACGGGAAUUCCCCAGGGCAGCUGGACUCGGGUGCCAAAAUCGCUCUGUUUGGCCAGCCUCUGGCAAUUAUCUGUGGGGAAGAUGACACACUGCCCCAACCGAUCCAGGAUCUCCUAGCUAUAUUGUAUAUGAAAGGACCUUCCACUGAAGGGAUAUUCAGAAAAGCUGCCAAUGAGAAAGCACGAAAGGAGUUGAAGGAAGACCUAAACAAAGGCGGGAACGUUGAUUUGAAAAGCAAAUCUGUGCACCUGCUGGCAGUGGUCUUGAAGGACUUCCUCCGAAAUAUUCCCUCCAAACUCCUGUCGGCUGACCUCUAUGAGAAGUGGAU